UUUCCGGUAUACAGUAACCGCCUUCUGUGCGUUUAGACCGCGGAUUUCAAAGAAAACAUUUAAUGUCGUAGCGAUAAAUAAGUCAUAGAGCCAGUUCUUUGUUACACAUUCGAGAGAUUGUACCAGAAUAACAUGGCAUCCAUUACUGACCCAAAUCUGGGUGAAAGGAUCACAGCUGCAAUGGAGGAGUUCCGCAAUAAACAACUUAAACUAUGUGCAGACAUCACUGAAAAGAAUGAAGAGCUGUGUCACAAUAACAGACAUCUUCUGAAGUCUGCACUUGAUACAUGUUUGAAGAAAUGUGAAGAAGAUGAGAAGCUAUUUGAGAUGAUAAAUGAAUUUAAAAUGGACCUGGAGAAAAAGAAAAUGGUACUGAAGGAGAAACGGCACGCCAUAUCGGAGACAAUAUCUGAGGUUCAGGAGAAGGAGAUGCAGAAAGAAGACCUCAUCCUUAAAAUUCAGAAACUUAAAGAAGAACAAAUAAAGAGAAAAGAGGUGAUCGACUCACAGAAUAGAGCAAACAAAGACAAGCUGAAAAAUCUCCAGAAAGCCAGACUUGUUUUCCAGAAUCAUUUGGGGCUGGAGAUUCGAACAAUUAUGGACAAGUCACAGUCAGUCAGAGGUGAAAAGUUGCAGUUUAUUUUCCGAAACAUCAGUCUGUCUGAUCCAGACAACGCUUAUGUCAUUACAAUGGGGAUGAAAGAAAACAGAACAUACCAGAUUGUGUCCAGCGACCCUGUGCUCGAGAACUUGCCAGUCUUGGAAAGCCGACUCCAGGAGACCAAUAAUCUGGCAGCGUUUCUGGCCAACGUUAGAAAGGAGUUCAUCUCUAAGGCUCGCACCUGAGGUCGGAUGGUUGCUCUACAACAGGCUGACCAGGUUUCACUGCAAUGCAGACUGAAGAAAAGAAUGAUAAAUAGCAGCUGAGAGUGCUGUUUUACUUUUUUAAAAACAAGUUGUGUCUCGCUGAUAAGAACUUGGUGAUUUUAUGCUAUAACACAACUUUACACACGUAGGAAUUUCACAAUCUCGACAUUUGAUGAGCCAAAUGUCAUGAUUUGACACAUGUAACCAAACCUUUUAUCUGUAAACAAUUUUCAUUUAUUAGUUUUUAAAAUAGUUUUUCUUGCCCCACCCCCAACCAUUUAUAUUCAUUUUUUUGUACAUCGAUGUAAUAAACUUUAUGCUCUUUAA